AUGACGGGAGGAUCCCAAGAACCAUCUGUGUUGGAGGUUGAGACUUGGAUUAUCACUUGCUUUUGUCUUCAACUACUCCUACUUAAUCCUCUUGUCAAAGCCCAGAGUUCCUGCGGGAAUCCAGUGACAGAUGAUGUGAAUGACAUUGCAAAAUUGGUCGGAAAUCUCCCAAAUGAUUAUAUGAUAACCCUUAAAUAUGUUCCGAAGAUGGAUAGUCUGCCUAAUCACUGUUGGUUGCAUUUGAUGGUGCCUGAGUUUUCAAGAAGUCUACAUAAUCUUCUCCAGAAAUUUUCAGAUAUUUCAGAUAUGUCUGAUGUUUUAAGCAACUAUUCAAUCAUCAAUAAUCUCACAAGGAUAAUUAAUGAUCUUAUGGCAUGCCUAGCUUUUGAUAAAAAUAAGGAUUUUGUAAAAGAAAAUGGUCACCUUUAUGAAGAAGGUCGCUUCAUUCCUGAGGAUUUUUUUAGGCACUUUAAUAGUACCAUUGAGGUCUACAAGGAGUUUGCAGACACGUUGGAUAAGAAUGACUGUAUUCUGCCUUCAACAGUAGAAACACCAGAGAAUGAUUCCAGAGUCGCUGUCACAAAAACAUUUUUGUUUCCUCCUGUUGCUGCCAGCUCCCUUAGGAAUGACAGCAUUGGCAGUAACACUAGCAGUAACAAAGAGGCACUUGGCUUCAUUAGCAGCUCCAGCCUGCAAGGGAUCAGCAUAGCACUGACAUCAUUGCUGUCUCUUCUUAUUGGCUUUAUUUUGGGAGCCAUAUACUGGAAGAAAACACAUCCCAAAUCCAGACCAGAAAGUGAUGAAACUACACAGUGUCAUGACUGUCAAGAGGAAAAUGAGAUAAGUAUGUUGCAGCAAAAAGAAAAAGAACAUCUACAAGUGUAGCUGUUGCUUUUUCUCCCUCAACACUGUUACUGUUUCGUGUACUGGCAGGUAACAGUUCCAUGUUCGCUUCAUAAAUGAAGCAGUUUUAAGCACAUUCAUAUUCCUUCUGGAGUGACAGACUGAGUCUGCAUCUGUUGUUGCUGCCCAUGACUCCAUAGACAUGAUAUAGAAAUGAGGACAAUUUGUGUUUGUUACUGUGAAACCAACACUGAAUUGAACAACGACAAGAAGAGUGUGCACUUAGCAGGACUGUAUCUCAUGUGAAUAUCUACCUUGUGUGGCAUUUGGGGAUUUUUAAUUGCAUUAAUAUUUGCAGCUGACUGGCAAACAAAGUACAUGUACUGAACAAAAUGCAUCUUUCAAAUGCCUCCAACUAUGUGUAUAAUCACUGAAAGUCAUAAAUACCUUUGCAUCCUUAAUUUAAGUUCUGUGUCCUCUACCUUACCUUGGUGUCUUCAGAUGGAGUUCUCUGAACUGACAGAAAACGCAGAAAUGGAUACAGAUAACAUACUCUUCAAUAUUGUAUAUAAAACUUGAAAGCCAAGUCAUGCUAUGGACCUGUGUUCUAGCCUUUUACUUAUAAGGAGCUGUGUUUAUGCCUGGCAAAGGUCGUGUGUACGGCAACAUGUGGUCUCUGUCAGGUGCCAGGUGGCUGGUUGCCCACCGCAGAAAGUCUCAAGAAUUGAUCAGCGUUGGUGGUCUCUGUUCAGGAGAAGCAAAUACUGAAUGAAGACAAAGUAAACAGGAGGUGAAUGUACCUCAUGGAGCUUCGAAGCAUUAAGAGUAACUGCUGGGUAUGUGAACACUGGUGAAAUUUCCAGCCAUGCCAAGGGAAGGGAAAGGAAAGGAAAGGAAAGAGUCUGAAUUGUGUUCAAACAUCAGAAUAAAGACAAACCCAUGAAAUGCAUUUUAAAUGCUGAAGAAUCAUGCCAUUGAUACCUUGUCUUUACAUAUAUAGCAUAGAAAAUCUGAAAGAUCUUGAGAGUGUAUUUAGCUUUUACUUACAUCAGCUGUAAUUUAUGUUUGCAUUGUGUUUUAAAUGAUUAGUACGCUUUAAUAUCCUGGCAUUCUCCACUCUUAAAGUUAAUUCUCUUUAAACAAAAGAGAAAGGCUUUAUUUCCCACUUGUCUUCUGCACCUAUUGCUGUUAUAGCAUCCAUGGAAUCUGUACAGGACUGACGUACAGACAUGCAUUUUCAAGUAAAUCCUAAAAAUACCGUGAUAAAAGUUACAAGUGUAGUUGUGCAUCUUUUCAUCCUGGCUCUUUCCAGAUAAUGGGUAUGAAUUAUUUAAUCUGUAUUAGGGCUUUGUACUUCAGAAGGUAAAGGUGGCUCACUUCAGGUGACAAACUGUCAUCUGUCAUCAAACUGACCAGGUCAGCAAGAGUUUUAGUUUAAGUAACUUGAAAACUUAGAAAAAAAAACCAAACACACCAGCCUUUUAAUGUUUUGCAUAAAGGUGGAGUUCUCUUUAAAGUAUAUCAUUACUUAAUUUUUUAAGAGUUCUUGUGGAAAUUUAAAUCAUCUGCUGAAUUUUCUGAGAACCAUGCGUAAAAGGAAUAUGAUAUAGAUAUAAUAUAUACGUGUGUGUGUGUGUGCAUGUGUGUGUGUAUUAUUGGUAAAACUGAUUCACCUUUCAUACUUCCCAAAAAGAAAAAACCUCAAAACCUUACUAUGUUUGAUGACAGAGCUUAUGUGUGCAUGUAGCCACUCUGCAUGGAAUUUUGACCCUACUGAGAUCAACGUCAAAACUUCUUGUGAUUUCACUGAUACAAGGAUUUGAUCAUGGGGAACUACUUUUUAUUUAUACUGAGGCCUUUUUGCACUUCCUGGGUGUCAGAAAAGGGUCCUCAAGUCCUUCUCAACUGGUAUAAAUUAGCAUAGUUCCAUUAACG